AUUUCCUGAAGCUUUGGUGCAGCAAUGUGACAACGCAGGAAGCGGCAACGGGCUUAGCGAAGCCGAAUGUGUCGUUAGAAAUCAGCUUGCUGUAGGUGAGGGCUUAUCCUUGUUGCUGGGAUGUAGAAAUACAUCGUUCUGGAGCUGAUGCUGAAGUGCUUCAGGAGGAACCUUCACCGUCUUUCGGUCACAACAGUGAAGCAAAUGACUCAAGCCUUAAAAUGGUGAGUGACCUUGAAGUAUGAACUACAGCUAUAUGACUUGUAAGCUACAAGGAAUGUAAGUUAAGAGCUGAAAAUCAAGGGCUGGAAAAUGAGUGCUUUUAAAAAGCACUAUCGCCCCUCUCCCAGGGUCUUUAGGAGAUCGUUGUCCGAACAAGAUGCUGGCACCGCUACCUUGAAGGACUAUCAUUGGUACCACCACAUGAAAAGCAGGAAGAUGAAUAAACAAGCAGCUUCUGACCCUGAGAAACCCCUCAGGGCGUACAGGUGGCAGACGCAUCCCAGGCUUCCCUGGAGGAUGAGCAAGAAGGAGCACUCCGGCAGCCUUCAGGGGGAACGUAAUGAGCCGGGUCCCGUCAAAAGUUCUGUGCACCUGGAUGCUCCUAGCGCGGGUGACAGCCACCAAGACCCAGCGGAGACGCUCUUCCAGGCAAGGACUAGAUCACUUCGGGUCCCGUUCAACCGCUCUCUCUCUGAUCCCGUGCCGCACUCGGGAAACAGAAGCGCAAAGCCAUUUCUGCAGCUGGGGCAUUCGGUGGAUUGGGAGCAGCAGGGAUAUUUCAUCCGUGGCAUUUUCUCGACUCUCUCAAGCGGCUUUUCAAAGAUAAUGAAUCGAAAAGGGGAGCCCAGCAGUGAGCUUGUAAAUGAGUGGAAGACGGAUGAUGAGAUUGAUUUGAGCACAGACGUGAAAGGACCACCUACGCACCGCCUGUCCUGCGGCCAGUCGCCCUACGCUGAGACGACGACAUGGGAGAGGAAGUACUGCAUCCUGACCGACAGCCAGCUGGUGCUGCUCAACAGGGAGAAGGAGGUGCCCGUGGAGGGGCUGCCGGAGGCGCCGGCGGAGGCUGCCAAGGGGCGCUGCCUGCGCCGCACGGUGAGCGUGCCCUCCGAGGGCCAGUUCCCCGAGUACCCGCCGGAGGGGGCCACCAAGCUGGAGGUCCCAGCAGAGAGAUCUCCUCGCAGACGGAGCAUCUCGGGGACCAGCACCUCAGAGAAGACCAACUCCAUGGACGCUUCGAACACCUCUCCUUUCAAAGUGCCGGACUCGCUUUGUCCUUCAUCUGAAGAAGCAAAGGGAGAUGAGCCUGAGGAGAGUGAGCCCAGCCUGACCCAUAAAUCAGCGUGGAGGGAGAAGGGCUUCUUCAGUAAACGUCUGAAAGGCUCCAUCAAGAGGACAAAGAGUCAGUCGAAGCUGGACAGGAAUACAAGUUUCCGUCUCCCGUCCCUCCGCAGUACCGAUGACAGGUCACGUGGAUUGCCAAAGCUGAAAGAGUCCCGCUCCCAUGAGUCUUUACUGAGCCCGGGCAGCGCGGUGGAGGCCCUGGAUCUUGGGGCGGAAGAAAAAGUCUUUGUCAAACCACUUCACAGCAGCAUCCUUGGACAAGACUUCUGCUUUGAGGUAACCUACUCCAGUGGCAGUAAAUGUUUCAGCUGUUCCUCUGCAGCAGAGAGAGACAAGUGGAUGGAAAACCUACGCAGAACAGUGCAGCCAAAUAAGGACAACUGCCGUCGAGCUGAAAAUGUGCUCCGUCUUUGGAUCAUCGAGGCAAAGGACCUGGCCCCCAAGAAGAAAUACUUCUGUGAGCUGUGCCUUGAUGACACUCUCUUUGCCCGCACCACCAGCAAAACAAAAGCUGAUAACAUUUUCUGGGGAGAGCACUUUGAGUUCUACAGUCUCCCACCUCUUCAUAGCAUCACAGUUCACAUCUACAAGGAUGUGGAGAAGAAGAAGAAAAAGGACAAGAACAACUAUGUAGGCCUGGUCAAUAUUCCCACGGCCAGUGUAACUGGUCGCCAGUUUGUGGAAAAAUGGUACCCAGUCAGCAUGCCUACACCCAAUAAAGGGAAAUCAGGGGGACCUUCCAUUAGAAUAAAGUCCCGUUACCAGACCAUAAUCAUCUUGCCCAUGGAGCAAUACAAAGAAUUUGCAGAGUUUGUUACCAGCAGCUACACUAUGCUGUGCUCCGUGCUAGAGCCGGUGAUCAGCGUAAGGAAUAAGGAAGAGAUGGCGUGUGCUUUGGUGCACAUUCUUCAGAACACUGGGAGAGCCAAGGACUUCUUGACAGAUUUGGUGAUGUCUGAGGUAGAUCGUUGUGGGGAACAUGAUGUCUUGAUCUUCAGGGAGAACACACUUGCUACCAAAGCUACUGAGGAAUACCUAAAAUUGGUAGGACAGAAGUAUCUUCACGAUGCACUAGGGGAGUUUAUCAAGGCUUUGUAUGAGUCAGACGAAAACUGUGAAGUGGAUCCCAGCAAGUGUUCAUCCAGUGAAUUAACAGAUCAUCAGAGCAACCUGAAGAUGUGCUGUGAGCUGGCCUUCUGCAAGAUUAUCAAUUCUUACUGUGUGUUCCCUCGUGAGCUGAAGGAGGUGUUUGCAUCUUGGAAGCAGCAGUGCCUGAGCAGGGGCAAGCAGGACAUCAGCGAACGCCUGAUCAGUGCCUCACUCUUCCUCCGGUUCCUGUGCCCCGCUAUCAUGUCCCCCAGCCUCUUUAACCUCAUGCAGGAGUAUCCUGAUGACCGGACAUCUCGCACUCUCACACUUAUUGCUAAAGUCAUCCAGAAUCUCGCCAAUUUUGCCAAGUUUGGUAAUAAGGAGGAGUAUAUGGCCUUCAUGAAUGACUUUCUGGAACAUGAGUGGGGAGGAAUGAAGCGUUUUCUCCUCGAGAUCUCUAAUCCAGAUACCAUCUCAAACGUGCCUGGAUUCGAGGGCUACAUCGACCUGGGCAGAGAGCUCUCGGUUUUGCAUUCGCUCUUGUGGGAGGUUGUGUCCCAGCUUGAUAAGGGUGAAAAUUCCUUCCUACAGGCGACCGUGGCAAAACUGGGACCUCUGCCUCGUAUUCUUGCUGACAUCACCAAGUCAGUGACCAACCCUACGCCCAUACAGCAGCAGCUGAGGCGUUUCACCGAACACAGCUCUAGUCCAAACGUCAGUGGCAGUCUCUCCUCAGGGCUUCAGAAGAUAUUCGAGGACCCCACUGAUGGUGACUUGCAUAAGCUGAAGUCUCCAACCCAGGAAAAUGUAGAUGGAUAUUUUAGGGGCAAGACCUUACUGUUGGUUCAGCAGGCAUCCACCCAGAGCAUGACUUACUCAGAUAAGGAUGAAAGGGAAAGCAUCUUGCCCAAUGGACGUAGCAUCUCUCUCAUGGACCUCCAGGACCCUCACACGGCUCACAGCGAUCACUCUUCCAUCAUGCACGACGUGCCUUUGCGUUUGGCCGGCAGCCAGCUCUCUAUAACCCAGGUGGCCAACAUCAAACAGCUGUGGGAAACCCAGAGCACACCCCAGAGCGCUCCCCAGGUGAGAAGGCCUCUGCACCCAGCUUUGAACCAACAGGGCAGUCUGCAGCCUCUGUCAUUCCAGAACCCAGUUUACCAUCUCAACAACCCGCCUCCGCCAAUGCCAAAGGCCUCCGUGGACUCCAGCCUGGAGAACUUGAGCACUGCCAGCUCCCAGAGCCGAAGCAACAGCGAAGACUUCAAACUCAGCGGACCCAGCAACAGCAGCAUGGAGGACUUCACCAAGCGCAGCACCCAGAGCGAGGAUUUCUCCCGGCGGCCCACCGUGCCAGACAAGCACGUGCCUAUCGCUCUGCCCCGCCAGAACAGCAGCAGCCAAGCACAGAUCCGCAAAAUGGACCAAGCCGGGCUGGGCGCCAGGGCCAAGGUGCCGCAGUCGCUGCCGCACAGUGCUUCCUUGCGGAGCACCGGCAGCAUGUCGGCGGUGUCGGGGGCCAUGGUGACCGAACCCGUCCAGAAUGGGAGCCGGUCCCGGCAGCAAUCCUCAUCCUCUCGGGAGAGCCCUGUCCCAAAGGUGAGGGCAAUUCAGAGGCAGCAGACACAGCAGGUGUCUCUGCUCCAGGUUCACUCGCCUGUGGACUCUGCCACAAUGUCACCAGUGGAGAGGACAGCUGCGUGGGUUCUCAAUAACGGGCAGUAUGAAGAAGUGGAGGAGGAUGCAGAGCAGAAUCAGGAUGAAGUCAAGCAUGCUGAGAAGUAUGAACAAGAGAUAGCCAAGCUGAAGGAGCGCCUGAAGGUGUCGAGUCGCCGGCUGGAGGAGUAUGAGCGGCGCCUUCUGGUGCAGGAGCAGCAAAUGCAGAAGCUGCUGAUGGAGUACAAGUCCAGACUGGAAGACAGCGAGGAGAGACUGCGCAGGCAGCAAGAGGAGAAGGACAGCCAGAUGAAAAGUAUCAUCAGCAGACUCAUGGCAGUUGAAGAGGAACUGAAGAAGGAUCAUGCAGAGAUGCAAGCUGUCAUCGAUGCAAAGCAGAAAAUUAUUGAUGCACAGGAGAAGCGGAUCGUGUCGCUGGACUCCGCCAACACGCGGCUGAUGAGUGCCCUGACGCAAGUGAAGGAGCGCUACAGCAUGCAAGUCCGCAAUGGCAUCUCGCCCACCAAUCCCACCAAGCUUUCCAUCACGGAGAAUGGUGAAUUCAAGAACAGCAGCUGCUAAAUGGGCUGCCGGCCAGCUCCCGAGGAGAACAACAAGAGGGAGCUGACUUGAGAACCCCCUUUCCCCUCACAGGUUUACAUAAUGCUGCUAAAAUGCAAAAGAAAGAAAAACUCUGAAAAUGGGCCUUAAUUCCCCACUCGAGGCCAGGAGAAUAGGGCUCCCAAGAACGAGUCCUUCCAUAUCACUGUGUAAAUAAAGGGAUCUCUUGAGUCAUGUACAGAAAAUGCCGAUGUAAUAUACCAAAAGGAAGUGAAUACUGUAGAUUUUUUUAAUUAUUGCUAUUUUUAUUAUUUUUUUUUCCUCUUGUUAAAAGCACUGCAGCCCUUGGAGGAGGAAGAGGGGAGUGUGAGUGCAUGUGUGUUGUGGGUGAGAGAGAGAGAGAGAGAUGAGCAGUGGGUUACAUUAGAUAGCAGCUGUAUAUAUCAGGCUGACUGAUACAAGCACACGAGUGGAGUGAAAUAGUAGUGAAUUGAAUUCUAUAAAAAGACUCAUCUGUUGGUUUUAUUCCCCUCUUCCCUAGUUGUUCUUUAACUGAAUGCAAACUCAAUAGCAAACAUUUUAACGAGAAGAUUCGCUCUUGCUGGAACUUGUAGUUACUUUUGGUAGGACUCUGGCAAAAAAAAAACCUCAGUCUUUUUGAACAUUCUGGGUAAAAACUCCGCUCGGAGCAGCAAGCUUGUUUCCUUACGUUUGCACAAAGUCAGGCUUCCCAUCAAACAGAGAAAGGGAAUCUGCAGUUUUCAAGGUAGGAUUCUUUCUUUUUUAUGCCAGUUCUAAUACAGUUUAAAUUUUAUGUUUUGAGAACUUACAGACCUGUAAAUACUUUUUUUUUCUUUCUUUUUUUAAUUUCUAUCCAGUCUUCACUUCAUGUACCAUGCAGUAGCACCCUGAAUUCAUUCUCUGCACUUCAUCGGGAACAGGCAGGUUAAUGCCCUGGAGAAAGGGCUAACCAAAGGGUCCCUAUGCCCAGCACAGUAGAUUUCUGUAUGCAAAAUUCAUUUUUUCUAGAUUUCUUCAUUUUAACUCUGUAACGUUCAGUUUCACUAUUUCAGCCACUGGAUUGGCCAGUCUAGUUCUGCUGAAAGAUGCUUUCUGAGCUUUUUUUUAAGGUCUUCCAUUUCCACUGAAAUUUGUCUGACUUUGGAUACUUUUAAGGAUUUUUUUGGCAUUCUGUACUCACCAAUUUUUUUCUUAAGGAGUUUAGACUAAACUUUUCAUCUCCAACUACUUUCAGUUGCAUUUCACCGCAGCUUACUCACAGGCUAUAUGUGAAUGCAUCUGUAAUUACAAAGUGACCUUCUUGUGCAAGAUACUGACAUUCACAUACUGUAAAAGAUUCACAAUAAAUGACACAGUCUUGUCAAUUCUCAUGAUUUCAUCAAAUGUCACAAUACUUAGCCUGAGGUUUUUUAAAGCCCCAGCUUCUUGAGUCAACUAAUUGUGAGUCUUCACUUUCACCUCAUAGUGUACAUUUCUAACCCUUUUUUCUUACGGAAAAAUUGGGAUGAUUUGAACUCAGAAAUUAAAUCAUUUCAACAGCAAUUCCAAUUUUGAAUUACAAGAGUAUACUAACGACAGCGAGUGUAAUUAACCCUUCAAACAAGUUGUGGAAACUGGAAAAGUUGAUGUCUUCAAAACUGGGCACAACCUCAAGGUUGCCUUCCUGCGGGAUGUGCUCAGCGAAACAGUUCAGGCUUUGACUGAGAAAGAGUCUGAGAGAUGAGCGCAGGCGCACUAGAAUUUCAGGAAGGUCAGAGUCGAUGAUCUGAUUGUUCUUUCUGGCCUUAGUUUUUGACUCUCUAAAAUUGUAUUGCAUUAAAAAUGUGGGGAUUUCUAAGCUGAUCUCAUGACUUCUUGAAAGCUGACUCGUGUUGCCUUGAACAUGAAGGGUUGGCAAUGCUGAGGGCCCAAAUUCAGAGUCUUUUGUCACAUUCGUUGUUUGAAAAUGGAUUAAUCUCACCUCUGUAGGCAAAUUCAGUUUGUGGUAGAGCGCAGUGUGUUAACUGUUCUACCUUGAUUACUGCCAGUUAAAAUACUUCAGUUAAACAUUGUAACACAAGUCUAUUACAUUACUAACUAUGCAUAAAUACAGAGACCACAUCUCCUGCACUGUAGGAUGUAUACGGAAAAUGUGUAUGAAUCUCUUAACAAGGCCUUGGCUGUUGAUUUACAUCUCGAGGUAGAAGACUUGUCAGCAGUGAGUAGGGAUUUAUCUGUAAUGCUUAGUUCUUUCAGCUCAAAGCUUCUGUCUCUCACUGCUCGGAUGGGGCUUGGCUCUGCAGGCCAGGGAGCGUUCCUGCCUCGUUCUCAGCGUAUCGCAGCCAAGUCUGCACUGUCUGACACACCGGGGUUGUGCACUGCAUUUGCUCAGUAGUGACUUAUUUUCAGUACUUUCCAAAUGAUGUCUUCCAGCUUUGAGUCAUUGCUGACCUCUGAUAUUUUCUUCCUCAAACUGUGCCUUUCAGUUCCUUCUCCUUUCCUCCUUCCUUCGUGCAUCACAGCUGUAGCUGUACAUCAAGCAUGGAUUAAUUUCUGUCUUGCGUGAGUAGCUCUCUCUUACAACAAACAUUUGCAGCCCCUUUUUGUUGAGUAUUUUUGUGUGACUUGCAUCUCUCCCUUUGCUAUUUUACCAUACUUACACAGCUGCGUGAUAGGAAGUUUCUUCCCCAAAGUAGCCUUUGGAGAUGGGCAUGUGCAUUGCUCAUUUAUUACACAGUGCAAAUGGUAUGGGUGUUCUGUGACUGAAACGUGAGAGCAAGUAGCCAUUGGAAUACAUUGGCUAUGGGGCUUUUUUGCCUCCAGGCUAGAAGAACAAGGCAGAAGCAGAGGUGUCAUUCUGGUAGCAGUAGUCCAGCAUUAAUUUGGGAAAUGCAUUUCACCAGAGUUCACCAGCUUUCUGGUAAUCUAUUAAAGAUGACUGGCGUAGCUCUAUGGUUAGAUGCUGAAGUGCCCAAGGAGUACAUGUUGGUUUCUGCAAAGAAAUGCAAUAGGGGCGACAUUUCAGUCCUCUUUUUUUAGAGAGGAAAUAAUACCUGCCCCAAGGUUUAUAUGUUUUGGUGAGCUCUUUAGUGAUGUAUCAUUCUGAAUAAUGUCCUUUCUCCUAUGUAUUUCUUAAGCUUGUAGACUGGGAAAAGUUGCUCUUCUAAAAGGGUCUGACUGCCAGUACCACCCUCACAGCUUGCUGCGAGGCUGGCUGGUGUUGCUUGUAUAUCAAUUUCUGUGCUAAAGUGCAAAGAGUGUUUGUCUGUGUAUGGAGGAGAAGCUGCCUGUUGACCCAAAACGGGGUGAAGGUCGCAGAUUCGCAACGUUGCAAGACUAAAAUUGAUCAAGCUGCAGAACAAAACAUUAUGCUCCUGAGUUCUGCAGGCAGCUGUCUCUCCCAGUUUGUCACCAAGUGGCUUUCUAGAGAAAUUUUAAGCUGCUUCAAGCCGACAAUAUGCGAAAAUGUCAGGUUCUAUUUUGUCCAGUCUGAUAAAAUUCCAGUGGCACUAAACCACGUGGCAGCCAAAAGGUCUGUCUGUUCUGGAACAAGAGCCCUAACCGGGCCUGACGGCAUUUGCUUUCUGACUAAGAGCUGGUGGGUUUGUGCAGCAAUGAGAGGAAAAGUAAAUAACACAAAAUCUGAUGAACAUUGUAGUCACUGGGGUUUGGUUUGUACUUUCACCAAAUGCAUCAGAAUGUGCCUAAUGCUGUUGCAAGCAACUGCUGCUCCCAUUUGGGAACAGCUGAGGUAGCGCAGGAAAAAAUUAAUAGCCAGUAGGAGUGAUUUGUUUGUUCCUAAGGCUGAAACAGAAAAACUGCCCCAUCCUGGCAGCUCAGUCCCUGCUGGCCAUCUGUACUCAACACUGCUGUAAGGAUGAUCCUUCCCAAAUGGCAAAGCCAGCUGGGCGUCCAGGUUCUCAGGAAAAGCUCCUGGCGGGUAUGGUGCAGCAAAGAAACACAGCAGUGUUUUGUGGCACUGUGGCCUUUUGCCAUGUUGUGUACGGUGUCUGCAGGGUGCAUGAAGAACAUGAGACAAGCACUUGUGGAGAACAGAGGAAGCACCUCUGGAAACAUCCAUGCUUUGCAACUCAAGGAAUUCAGGCUUUUAUUAUGGGAAAUGAGGUUGCAUAUCUGGAAAGUACCAACUGUCAUCUCCUUAGUGUAUUAGAAAUGGGCAGCUAUGUGUAAAAGCCCAGAUUCAUACAGCUACACAUUUUGCAACUUUGCUCAUAAAUGAAAUAAUUCUAAGCAGGUGAUCCAGAGGAGCAUGGAAAGGGAUGUGUAUAUCUUCUAGUUAAGGGAAUAUGGGGUAUAUCCAGUAGUAAAUUCUGUAUCCAUCUAAUAAGUUCUAUUUUGUGUUCUUGCAAUUGCUUUGGAUUGGCUUAGGCUUUUUUUCUUUAUAUUAAUUCCAUAUUUCAUUGCUCGCUUAAACCCACCAGCUUUUAACUUCAUCUGAAACCUCAACCGUUGAAGUCAGUCAUUUUUACAGCAGUGUACUGGGAAUGUGUCAGCAAUAUUUAUCUGUCAGGGUAACUACAUAUGUAUCCUGUCUGUGUUCUGCAAAUUCUGUCUGUGUUCUGCAAAAAUGUCUGUGUUGUUCCUAAAAAACAGUUCCUGUCCAAGGUGAAACCGUUAUGUGUAUUUACAUCGGUGAUUAGCGUUAACUGUGUAGAAGUGUUCUGGUCAGCCACAGGUAUCCAGCUGAGCGUGACAGAUCAAAAGGGUUAAACUUAGGCUGAUGCUUUUAGACGUUUCCUUCUUCACAUAAGUUAACUCACAUGAGAGCAAGCAUGUCAUUACAGAUCAUGCCUGCCAGGAAUCCUACCUGUAAAAAUAGAUUUUCUGUCUCAAGGGCCUUAAUAAGAGUGUUACCACACAGAACAGUUUUACAAUGAUAGCUCUAAAUAAUUUAUUUUUUAUUUCAACAAAGUACACCUUAAAAAGUAAUAAACUUGUUUUUCAAGCUGUAUUUUUAUGCUAGUAGCACUGGACUGUUUGGUCUCUGAGAUCCAUCUCUGCAUUUCAUUGCCUGGGUUUGUUCUAAAGAAGAUUUAUUUUUGUUCUGUGAAUAAUUUUUGAAGGUUCUUGUAUAUGUACAGAUACAGAUACAUUUGAGGUCUUUUAUUGAUAUUCCUACAAAGAAUACAAAUAAACUUUAACUUUAAACAGUUUGGACCCAUUGAA